GUUACAAGGCAUCCAAACCCUGGCCUUAAAUAGUCAUCCUCAAUCUUCAAGUCGCGAUACAUCAACUGAUCAAAACAUCAAACCUCCAUUUUAAAAACUGAACAUAAAAAUAAAAAAAUAAAUGUUUCCAUGCGACAAUGGUCCAUCCUACAGAAACCUUCUGGCUGCGGCGGCCUCCCUAACCGCCUCGGCGGUUCUCCUCCGUAACGUCGUCGAUGACGUCCUCCCCGACCAACUCCGCCAAUACUUCUCCUCUUCCCUUCGAAACUUCUCCAACCGUUUCUCCUCUCACCUCACCGUCGUCGUCGAAGAGUUCGACGGCCUCACCGCCAAUCACAUGUUCGACGCCGCCUACAUCUACUUGGGCUCCAUCGUCUCCCCAUUCACUCGAAGAUUCAAGGUCAAUAAAGCAGAGAAGGAUAAGGACUUGGCGCUCUCCGUCGACAGAAACCAAGAGAUCUUUGACGUUUUCAAUUCCGUGAGAUUCAAAUGGGUUCUUGUGUGCACGCGAGUCGAACCCUCUGUUCCCGACGCGAAACACAAUCGCUAUGCGAUUUCUCGAUCGGAGACCCGAAUCCUCGAGCUAAGCUUUCACAAGAAGCACAAGGAGAUGGUGCUUAAAACCUAUCUGCCGUACAUUCUGCAGAAAGCGAAAGCAAUCAGAGAAGAAAGAAAGGCGGUGAAGCUCCACACCAUUGACUACAACGGAACGGAUUACUGGAGUUCGAUCGAUCUGGACCACCCGGGGACGUUCAAUACCAUAGCGAUGGACCCGGAAAUGAAGAAGGCGCUGAUUGAGGAUCUGGACAGGUUCAAGAGAAGGAAGGAGUAUUAUAGGAGAGUAGGUAGGGCUUGGAAGCGCGGUUACCUGCUGUACGGUCCGCCGGGCACCGGAAAGUCGAGUUUGGUGGCGGCGAUGGCGAACUACCUCAGGUACAGUAUCUACGAUUUGGAUUUGAAGGAGGUUCAGUGCAAUUCGGAUCUGAGAAGGUUGCUGAUCGGCACGGCGAGUCGUUCGAUACUGGUGAUCGAGGACAUCGAUUGUUCUGUUGAUUUGCAGAAUCGAGAUUCGGAGAAAGAAGCGGGAGAUGUCGAAGAUGACAAGGUGACGCUUUCAGGUUUGCUCAAUUUCAUCGAUGGAUUGUGGUCGAGCUGCGGAGACGAGCGUAUCAUAGUGUUUACAACCAACCACAAAGACCGUCUCGACCCGGCACUGCUUCGACCGGGCCGCAUGGAUGUACAUAUUCACAUGUCCUAUUGCACUUUCAGUGGUUUCAUGACUCUUGCCUUCAAUUACCUUGGAGUUGAGGAUCACCCUCUGUUUAAGGAGAUUGAAAAACUGCUGGAGGGGGUUCAAGCGACACCUGCUGAAGUGGCCGGGGAGCUGAUGAAGAGUGACGAUGUUAAUGUUGCACUCCAAACCCUAAUCCAAUUCCUCCAAAACAAAAAAGCUGCUAGUUGACUUGGGCCAAACCAGUAGGAUUUCAGAAGAAGGCAUUAAGAUUAAGGAAAAAGAAAAAAGGAGAGAGAGAGAGAGAGAGAGAGAGAGAGAGAGAGAGUAUUGUCCAUAUGAUUAGACAGAUUUUGGGAUUGAGUUUCAGAAUGUGCAUAUUUAUCAUCUCAUAAUGCAAAUUUAAGUUGCACUAGGCAGGCGCCUAUGUCUUCAGUCAA